AUGGGUCGUACACUGUCUGGCACCGCUGCGGUGGCAGUUGCCGUGGCUGCUUGGGCCAACCACGUGCCUGGUGCCGACGCAUUUUCGCCGGCGAUGAUUGCUUCGACAGCGUCAGCGUUCGGCGGUCCUUCGUCCGCUGUCAUAUGCUCAAGGCGCCAGGCUCGAUCCCGCCGCCCCUCCCCCUCCAUGAAGGUAGCAGGAGCUCAGCCGCAGCAGCAGGAUGCCUGGAUGGCGGGGGGCGUCAAAACGCGCGAGCUGUUCAAUGCUCUCUCGCAGGGGGAGAUCGGCAAGCGGGCGUUCACGCAGGCCCUGGCGAAGCGCAUGAUGGCCAAGGCGACCGGAAUGCAGCAGGACUACGAGCUGUCGGAGGCAGCGUCGCAGGCGGCUGCGAGCUCUGCCGUUGUGGACAGCAGCGGCGACCUGAGCAACAUGGAGUCCUCUUGGAACAAGCGAGGCUACGGGUCCGCCAUCAGCCGGUCGGUGGAGGUCUGGAUCUUCGGAGCAAAGAUGCUCUUCAAGGAGAUCAAGCUUCGGAAGGUGGAGGAUGCGGCCGAGAAGAGCCAGAAGAGGUCUGCCAUUGCAGUGCAGCUCAAGGAUGGCCUGUUGAGGCUGGGACCCACCUUCAUCAAGCUCGGCCAGCUCCUGUCUACGAGGCUGGCCGUAAGCGUCCAUGAAGCUCUCUGCCACCUCCUGUUCAAUAGGGGAAGGUGUGCAUCCACGGGGCACCCGACCAAGAUCGAUGUGGUGCCCAAAGAGUACAUCAAGGAGCUGGUGAUGCUUCAGGACAACGUCCCCGGGUUUCCAUUUGAGUCGGCCAAGAGAAUAAUCGAGGAGGAUCUGGGACAGCCGCUGGAGGAGUUGUACGAGACUGUCAGCGAGGUUCCUCUCGCUGCUGCAUCGCUCGGGCAGGUGCACUUGGCUAAGAUCAAGGGCGGGGAGCAGGUGGCGGUGAAGGUGCAGCGAGCAGGGCUAAAGGCUCUCUUCGACCAAGAUCUCAAGAACCUGAAGCUGCUGGUGAAGGUUUUGGACAAGCUGGAUCCCAAGUUCGACGGAGCGGACAGAGACUGGGUGUCGAUCUACGAAGAGAGCGCCAAACUGCUGUACAAGGAGAUCGACUACAUCAACGAGGCAGAAAAUGCCAUUCGCUUCAAGGAAAACUUCCAGGACACUCCUUGGGUGAAGGUGCCGGACGUGUACUGGAACAUGACGUCAGAGCGCGUCGUAACGAUGGAGUUCGUUCCGGGCGUGAAGAUCAACAACAUCGACGAGAUCGACCGGAGGGGCAUCGACCGCAAGCUGUUGGCGAAACGCUCGGCGGAGGCGUAUCUGACGCAGCUGUGCCGCCACGGGUUCUUCCACUGCGACCCCCAUCCAGGAAACGUCGCUUGCGACGAGGAAGAUGGGGGCCGUCUGAUCUUCUACGACUUCGGGAUGAUGGAUGAGUUCAAGCCCAACGUGAGGUCGGGCCUGGUCAACCUCAUCUUCUCCACCUAUGAAAAUGACCCGCGAGCCGUCUGCGACGCCUUGGUGGAAAUGGGAAUCCUCAAGGCCGGGUCGGACAGAAUAAGCGUGGAGAAGAUCGCGAGGUCUUUCCUGGGCGAGUUCACGAACACACUCAACCAGGGACAGGACGGGAAGUGGACUGCGGAGCUCACCAAGGAGGACAAGACGAGGUUGCGCAAGGAGCGGAGGGCCAAGCUUGGCGAAGACCUUCUGUCCGUGUCGGGAGACGUGCCGUUCAAGUUCCCGCCGACCUUCACCUUCGUCUUCCGAGCAUUCACGUCCCUGGACGGAAUCGGGAAGGGUUUGGAUACAAAGUACGAUUUGACCCGACUAGCCCAGCCGUACCUGAAGGAGCUCUUGGACGUGAGGGAUGGGUCGUUUGCGUUGUCGGUCGCAAAGACGUUCGUCAAAAAGGUCGGAUGGCGACCCGAGGACCUUGAAGCCGUGGUCAAAAGCCCGCGGAACGUCGCGUACGUGGAGGACAUUACACGAAAACUCGAGCAGGGGGAUCUCAAGCUCCGGGUACGAGUGUUGGAGUCAGAACGAGCGUUCGAGCGCUUGGAGCUGACGCAAACCAGCAUGUACGAUGCUAUCGCCUUCUCGACGUUCCUGAACGCCGCCCUCAUCUUGAGCGCGACCCUAUCUGCGGGGUCCCCGCUGUUACCCGUGAGGGUUGCUUGGACGCUGGCAGGCGUUUUCGGCCUACGGAUACCCGUUGGGUUGUUCAAGAUCCGGAAACAAGACCAGAAAUACUCGACCUACGGGCUCAAGUGACGCCAACCUUGACAGAAGACGUUUCUGUCGUCCCUAGGCCAGAGGGCGACAGCCAUGGAUGGCUCUCUCUCUUACACAAAUGGUCCUGGAAGCCUUGGUAGCAACAGCUUUGCCGCUGUUGCGGGGGGGCCUUCAAUUGCCAAAGGGCGACGAUGUACCGGCCGACGGUGAUAUUCGCCAUGGUGGUCGGCGCCAUUGACGCGCCGUCAAAGAAACCGGUUUGGGGCAUGCCUGGGCACCAAGCUACCGUCCUACAGUAGUAGAUGAUUUCGCGAAUUCAGGUGAAAAGGAACAACAGACGCUGGGAUAUUGCACGCACGAGUGAGCGUUUUUCAUAAGAACCAAGAGCAAUCGCAGGAGGGUUUCCCAUCAGGAGGCCGUGCCAAGCGCGUCUCGCUCCAGGUUUCCCGGUCGCUGUCUCGGGGACAUGCCGAUUUGAGUGUGCCAUGUAGUUGCGUUUGUUGGGCGUGAUGCCCAAACUAUGGCUGGGUCGCUCUUCUGUCGAGGCGCUGGCUGGCGAGGGCAAACGUUGCCGAGAGUUCGUUUCCUGUCGAGAAAAGCGUCAUCUCGAUGUGGAGGAUGGCAUCCAUGACGCCCCUGCUGUGGGCUCUGAUAUCGUAGCACAUUGUACCGUGGUCUGGAGGUUGAGCGGGAUUUCAUCCUUGCCGGUAUCAGCGCGGUGUCGUGUGAAGUCGCUCCUCUCUUCCUUCGGGGAUGUUGAUUGCCCGGUGCAUUGGUACAUGCGGUGUUUUUUGUUUUCUGUCGGAAGGGGGUCGUCGUCUUCGUUGGUCUCACCAUGAUUUAGCACAGCUGACUUGUUCUUCCUAGCGCAGUGUAAACGCCCGGCUGGUUACCGUGGCAUGCGCUUUCAUUGUCUGUUCAUUUAUAGAGGCGCCAAAUAGCGGUCGGUGUUGGAAGAUUGGGUGACUGCUGUAUGGCCUGACUGAGAGCUUUUAUUUUGCUUAGAUUUUACUUCGGAAGAAAGAGUUGGCAAAGCGUAUGUACGUUUGAUAUAUACGUCAUGUUUGCCGCGCACCCCAGCAUGAAGUCCGAACCCGAGAGUUAAUUCA